GCCACCGCGACCGACGUUUGGUCAUUAGGUGACUGAAGCUCGCAGUGUGCGGACACUCCAGCACCGCCUUCAGUCCGACCCCGGGACCGGGAGAAGUCAGACAGAGGAGACUUUACGCACAGCUCUGCUGAGGAGAUGGAAUGCAUUGAAAGGACUCCGACUCUGUGAAAGUUUGGGUUUUUCUCGUGGAAAAGCAAAUUACAGACAAUUAAUCGGAAUGCAGUCACGCUUCACAUUCGCCUUCUUUUGAGGUGCAGCAGAGGAUGACACCUGCACCACACUUGGCAUCUUUGAAUAGUAGGUCAAAGCUUCUGCGAGAGUGACUUUCUGCCUCUCAUUCUGCACUCAGAUCACAGUCCCGCUCGCUCUGGUCCUUGGUUAUUUUCUGCAGCUGCAGAAUCAGUGCAUGUGUUGCGCUCCUAUAGCCUAUGUCUUCAUCUUUGCACCGUCGCGGACUGCGGCAGGAACGCACAAGCGGGCAAUCAUCUCGUACCUGGACUGCGCGUAAACGCAGCACUCUCUGACAUGCCUGCACUACUCACCUCUUCAUGAGAUCACACCUCCUGGAUAUUUAGAAUAAAAGAAAAGGAAAAACUUCCUCCUCAUCACCAGUGAGGCAGUAUAAUCUGUGAAGCACUGACUGACUCACCAUGGGCACCGUACUAUCAUUAUCACCCAGCUCUCGCAAAUCAGGCUACUAUGACAACCGUCCCGGCUCUCUCAGCCACUACCCGAGCCUCAGCAGCCGCUCCCUCAACAGCCAAAAAGACCGCGGGCUAAAGAGGGGCCAGUCCAUCUUCCUCCCAGCACUCACAUGGAAGAGACUUGUGGCCUCUACAAAGAAGAAGGGCAACUCGAAGAAAGGCUCUGGUGGCCCGGUGGCCCUCGGGGAUCCUCUGAAUAACAACAACAACAUUAACAUCUACCAGAAGGAUCCCGUGCUGCACCUCAACCGUGAGAAUGUGAAGAAGUCGCUGUCAUGUGCCAACCUGUCCAGCUACGAGGGCCCAGCCGGUCUGGGUCUGGGGCUCGGCUAUGGACUGGGGAUGGGUCAGGGACAUGGAUAUGGCUACACCAAAUCCCAGCAGCUUUCCUCUGUGAAAAAAGUCCCCCAGGGCACGGUGACCUCGUCUCCGAAGCGCGUCAUCGUCCAGGCCUCCACCAGCGAGCUCCUCCGCUGUUUGGGGGAGUUCCUGUGCUGUCGCUGCUACCGCCUGAAGCAUCUGUCUCCGGCCGAUCCGGUGCUCUGGCUGCGGGCUGUGGACCGCUCGCUGCUGCUGCAGGGCUGGCAGGACCAGGCCUUCGUUACUCCGGCCAACGUGGUCUUCGUCUACAUGCUGUGCCGAGACGUAGUGGAUGGUGAUCUAGUGGCGUCGGAGCACGAGCUGCAGGCCAUCCUGCUCACCUGCCUCUACCUGUCCUACUCCUACAUGGGCAAUGAGAUCUCAUACCCUCUUAAGCCCUUCCUGGUAGAGGCGGGCAAGGAGGCCUUCUGGGACCGCUGCCUCGCCAUCAUCGACGCCACAAGCUCCAAGAUGCUGCGCAUCAAUGCAGACCCGCACUUUUUCACACAAGUAUUUGCUGAACUCAAGAGCGAAGGAGGCUGCGGCCCUCAGGAUUAUAGCCGGGUGCUUGAUCGGUGAGCACCCAUCCUCGCUGACCACAUGCCUUUGUGUACACUCAUGCACUCGUACACACACACACACACACAUACACACACACACAUAAUUGUCAUGCAGAUUGCUCCACCCCUUUUUCUUCUAUGAAGGCCUAUCUUAAAAGAAUUACACAGAAGUAUUGAAUCAUUGCAUUUGUGCUUGUUGCCAUUGUCCCAUCCGUCCACAGAUAACUGGUUGAGUGGGGCUUACAGCUGUUUGUGAGUUUACUUUAACCAUUUGGUCCACCUGCUCCCUUCCGUGUCUGGUCCCAGUCGUCCCAGCUACUCCUCUGUAUCUGCACAGCCUCACCUUAACAUUAUCAAUCUGUAUGCACAAGGCAAGGAGAUGCCAUCACCUUACGCAAAGCACGUUUUUUUUCCCAAUAGUGACAGAAGAGAAAAUAGGGCUCAGACAACAUAGUCCACAUGAAAAUUUCAUGGAUAAUACAAAGCAACAUCUUGACAUCCUCCGCCGUCUCAAGUGCCCGCGGUUCAGACUGAUGGGAACAGCUGAGACGUCCAUGUUUGCUCAGUAAAACAAAACGAACAGGCAGUGUGUUUUUGUGGAGCCUUUUGAGGGAACACUUGCUGUUUGUUUUUCCCUUCACUCACUCAAACCUGCCAGCGGCUCUUCCGUGUGUUAAAGUCUCAUUUAACCCUGAGGAGGAAGCCGAACAUGCGUUUACCGUGGGCAUGUUUGGUGCGAGCGCAUGCAUGGCUGUGCGCGCAGGCAUCGUGCGCUGGACGGCAGCCAAGGUCAUCAGCUGUUUACCCCAUCCUUUGUUCCCUGCAUCUUGUUGACAGGGCACCCACAGCCGUGGUAUUAAUGAGAUUAGCCGAUUACUGCUGCCCCUCCCCUACGUCAACCUCUCCCCCUUCUUGUCCGGUCGGCAGCCCUGCAGACCUUCAGUGGCUAAUCCAGCCCAGGCAGGACUGGGCAGGACUAUAGACACACACACAUUAAAAUACUUUGCUGUGUGUGCUUUAUUCUCCGUGCUGCGUGAAUGUGUGGCACACGUGUGCAGCUUGGGGUCCGAGGUGGAGGCAGCAAAUCUUUCCAGAGGCCAUCCAGGCAGAAAUGACAGACGAAAGGCGUUUGUUAUUGCUGCUUCUGAAUUUGUCCCACUUUCUCAUCCCUCACCUGCGCAUCCUCAUCUUCCAUCAACAGGCUCUCAGGAACUGGGAGUUCAUUUCUCUCAUGUUCCUCCCUCCGCUCGACUAUUCCCUUGAAUGAAGCCAUUGGCAUUUGUGCUUCAGUGGCUUUAAUCCCUGGUCCUCGUGUGUUUUACUGUGCAUGUCAGUGAUGGGUCACAGAUGAGCUCCAAGUUCAUUGUUUUUAGAUUUUAAGGGCUUAUCAACUGCAUUUGAACCACUGUAGUCAUAAGAAGAUUUGGUUCUACAGUAAUUUAUAUUUGGUGGCUUUUUAUUUUUUUUCUGGGAGCUCUCUCUUCUUUCACAUGCAUGCAGGGGAAGCCAGAGGAAGGGAGAGCAGCUGCAAGACCCAGCUGAGAACAGAGCAGGCAUCAGCGGCAGCAGACGUGAUAUUUAUUAAGUCAGACACAGCAUGGAAGGACGAGCUGGGGUGGAAGUGGGUUGCAAAGUGACUUGCCCUAUAUGAGAUAGAAAGUUGGCUCUGUAGAAGGGUAACAGCUGAGCAAUCAGCUGAUCUGGGCUUGCGUUAAAAUCAGCCAAUCUGCCAAGAUUGCGGCUGAGCUUGACUUCAUGGCCGCCGUGAACUAGAGCUACGUCUUGUAAUGCUGACAGCACAAUAAAAGCUCGAUUAAAGCCCAAAUGUUCAAAUUUUCAGAAAAACGCUAGACGUAUGGAUUCUUUUAGAUUUUUUAAUCAAGGUUGAUAAACUCACAUAUUUAAAGGGUUUGGGGGAGAAAAAUGAAGAGGCUUCCCAACUUAUUUUGGGCUUAUGCUCCUUUAAAAAUUAUAUGUGUGUCUGUGACUCAUCGCUGAUGCGUAUGUCUAAUUGUAAAACGUGUUUUUAAAAGAAAAAUGUAAGUCAUUUACAUAAAGAAGGUAAAUGUUUGUGGAAAAAAAGAUAUCUUUUUGUUCUCCUCCUCUUUUAAUCACUUCAAGAUCCUUCAGAGUCUUUCCUGUGACCCUUAUUUUGGGUUCUUGAGGGGGUUUAUGAUGAAUUUGAACCAAGAAGCUGUUUAAAACAUAAAAAUUUCUUAUUGUGUGAAGUGGAAAUGCCUUAAUCUUAUUGUAGCAGGGCAUCUGGAGGUUUUGGUGCUCCACCUCCCUUCUCCACGUGGCAAUCACUUUGGUGUGAUGCUUCGCUAUAUUCUCGGCCACAAGGUCGUACGAUACACGAGCAUCUUCUAAUCCUGCAGCCCAAUCAAACAGAGGGAACCCAGGAUGAAAACAUGGAGAAAUAAGCAAACAAUUCCCCUCGAGUGAAGCCUUCAAGCCCAGCUCUGACAAAGUGAAGGCUGCCCCACCGCCUACUCCAGCUCAUCCAAGCUUACUGGAGUUGAGCCUCCCUGCUCUCCUGAGGGGUCUCGCAUGAGCUCACGCCAGCCUGAGAGGAGCGACUGUGGUGAGUCACGCUCGGAGAGUCGAGUAGUGAAACAUCGCUUUCUCUACAGCGUUGACCAGCAGCCAUUUUGGACUUGUAGGUCAGCGCAGCUCUCUCUGCGGCCUGGUUUCGUCUCUAACAAGGACACUUGUGUCUUAACUCACCCCCUCCUGCCUCUCCCCUCCCUACACACACUCAGCUGUUGUUCCCUGCCUGUUUCAUUAGAUUUGACACCCCGCACCCGCCAGCCAUUGUCAGGACGAGGAAGGGCAGAAUGGGCCAGUUUGUUGGCACCGGCUUGGUUUGUGUUUGCGUGUGCAUGCAGGUCAAAGUUAAGGGCAACAUCUGCUUCCACCAUGCAGCUCGUGCAGACCUGGGUGAUAAUUAAAUCAUCUCAUUGACAUCAGCAAGAAAUGAGGAGUAGAGGAGCACAUCGCGACCCUUUUCUUUUAAUGAAAAAGGCCUUUUUCUUACACGUGGCCUAUUCUUCACUCUCUGUAGCAGCACAGACACAGCACAGAACCACGAUUAUAUCAGCCUGAUCGUUAGAAUUUGACCCUAAACAAAAAGGCAACACCUCCCCCGCCCCUUUUUUCAGCACAUCUGUCCAAUCAGUCGGCAGCUGGACUGUAUAGCUGUUCCUUAACUAACUCGCUUUUUAGCUGGAACUGUAAUUCUGUUUUAUCCAAUCAAAACCCCCCGAUAUGCGUCCCGAGCGGAUUCUUGCUUCUGACUGACGGCGGACACACGAUGCCUGUGAUUUAACCGUGAUAAAACAGUGCAGUUUGGACCUCGCUCUGUAAAUGGGACCUCCGUCUGGGACUUUGGCAACUGAGAGUUGCAGAAUAUUUCAGGUGGCUCUUUGCAGGAGGCUUUGGCUGUUUGUGAACAAUGUUACAAAAGACUUAAAAGAUAAGUCUGGUAUUGUUCUUUAUUUUUCUUACUGUCAACAAGCAUCAGACUGGGUUUUUACGCUUUCAGACUUGUCUGCAAGCUGGUUCUGACUGAAGACGGGACGUGAAUGUAUACUUUUAUUUUAUGAAAAAGGGGUGGGCACUUUAGUUUAUAGGAAACAUCAAUGACACAGGAGGAAAUUAGUUGGGGAAUUUACAGCUGCAGGGUUCGAGUUAGAAAAACUACAGUGCCUAUGUUCAUUAAAUUAAGCAGCAUGUGUUUGUGUUUAAGCUGCUGCGUAUCAAUAAUUAUUUGAUCUGUUGACACUAAGAAAUCUGGAAAGUACAUCACUGCUUAUCCUUUAAGCUGCCACAGCUCUGUGAGCUGUGUUAUUUCAGUGCUGCUGUAGGUUGGUGUGUCAUUUCAAUGGCACGCCUUAGACUGAUGAUGUAAAUACGAGGAUGUGUAACAAAAAGAGCUGUUAAGAAUGAAAAAAUGAACAAAAACAAAUAGUGUUGCUGUGUAGUAGCAUGCAUGCCAGCCAGGUAGUUUAGAUAUUUUUCUUUCUUUUUUUUUUACUUCUGCUUUUGUUGGAUAUGUGUGAUGUUUUAAAUGAAUUUCUAUGGUAAUUUAAAACUGGAUCUCAUUGGUUACAGGAAACACGAUGUCGUCAGUAUUAAAGUCUCUCAUGGCUGCAGGUGUAACGAUCAACAUUAUGGUCUGCUCAUGUUCAGAAACACUAGAGACAUUUAACGAAACAGAAAAGCUCGUUUUUCGAAAGUCCUGAAAGAUCAAAGCGUGUCACGUGACUCACUCUCACACCAGGCUUCAUUUGUCACUUCGCUAAGUUAGAUGUGGUCAUCUGGAGUCUUUUUUAAAACCCGAGCUCGCCCCUGUCUUGUUGCUAAAUUCGUAAAGAACUGAUCGAGUUAGAGGCUUUUCUCAUCGAUGCACCAGCUGGUGACACAAAGGCGUCCAUUGUGCGUGCAGCAGUCGUCGCAGGCGGCUCCGGCUCGGCCUGCGUCCUCUGAUGCAAAACAACACGUUAAAAUUUCACCACAACUUCACUUUUUUCUGCGUCUUUUCCUGUGCCAGGAGUGGACAGAUGUUAGUCCAGAGAUAAAUAUGUAACUGUCCAGUCCAUUUCCUCCUCCACCGCUGCUGCUGCUCCUGAGUUUCCAUGGUUACUUUCCUCAGACAUCUUUUAUAACUGUCGCACCGAGAUGAAGCAGCACCUCGAGCGACUUUUGUAAAGCCACUCAAGUGUGCGUCUCUCUAAAAGUGAAAAUACUGUUGAUGGGGAAAACUUGAAGAAAAACAAAUGUGACUGUUUCAUUUUUUUUUCUUUUUUUUGUUGUUUAUUUCCUUUUUCAUGAUGAUGACGAUGAUGAUGUUUACUAUAUUGAUUAUUUAAUAAAGUAUUGAGCUGAAA